UGCGACCAAUCCACUGGACAUGUCACUCGAGCAGGCAACGAUGGUUGGUGGUGAAAAAGCCACGGUUUUCCCGCGAUACUCCCGUGGCAAGCCUUGAAGGUACAGACCAGCUAACGAGACCACACCUGUUCUACCCUUAACCAACACCUCAACUUAGUUCAAGCAACCAUAGCUUUUAAAGAUGGCAGAGAACGUUGACAUUACUGGCAAGCGGGUCGACAAGCUUUCUGCUGCACCCACACCUCAUAACACGCCUUCUGGUACUGCUGCACCUAUCUCCAGUGCUAAGGCUCCCCAGUUUAUGACGAUUGAAGAGGGUGAUGAGGGACUUGGAGAGAAAUUGGGUUCCUUGGCCUAUGACAUCUCGUCAUUGCCAGCCAGCGUUCGUCGCCGUUUGUCUGCUUUGAAGGGACUUGAGGGUGAGCGCAACAAGUUGGAGGUUGAGUUCCAACACGCUAUUCUCGAGUUGGAAAAGGAAUUUUCCAAGAAAUACGAGCCUCUGUACGCACGGAGAGCCGAGAUUGUUCGCGGUGCUCGUGAACCCACGUCUGAGGAGAUCGAGAAGGGCGAGUACGACGUUGAGUCCAACGGCGAAGCCGAGCAAGAGAAGGCUGUCGAGACGAAGGGCAUUCCCGAGUUCUGGCUGACGGCUAUGAAGAACGACCUUAUGAUCUCCGAGGCCGUCACGACCGAGGACGAGGAGGCGUUGAAGCACUUGGUCGACAUUCGUCUCUCCUAUCCCGAGAAGCCUGGCUUCACACUCGAAUUUGAGUUUGAAAAGAAUGACUUUUUUACGAACACAGUGUUGAAGAAGACGUACUAUUAUGGCGAGCAGCCCACUCGCGAGAGCAUUUUCUUAUACGACCAUGCCGAGGGCGACAAGAUCGAGUGGCUUCCCAACCGCGAUCUCACUGUCCGCGUGGUCACGAAGAAGCAACGCAACAAGACCACCAAGCAGACGCGCGUCGUCAAAUCCACCGUCAAGCGUGACAGCUUCUUCGACUUCUUCACUGCUCUUCAGGUCGGCGAGGACGGCGAGGAUGCCGAGGUUGAUGAGAAUGGCGAGGACAUCGAUGAUCUUAUUGCGCGUGACUAUGAAGUCGCUGAAAACUUCAAGGAGCGUUUGAUUCCUCAUGCCGUUGAGUGGUUCACCGGCGAGAUUUUGGCCCUUGAGAAUUACGACAAUUUCAGUGACAUUGAGGAGGAAGACGAAGAGGAUGAAUUCGAUGACGAACAUGUUCUCAAUCUUAAGGACAAAACUAGUGCGGACGACGAAGACAGCUUGGUGAGCGACGACGACGAGGUCCAGAACAACCAAAACCCAACUGAGUGCCGUCAACAAUAGACGCUUUUUAGCAUUUUUUUUCGACAUACAGAUCGUUUUUGCAUAAUGCGAUGAAACACUAUACGCUUGACGUUUGACGUGGUUGUGCUGCGCAGUGCCAUCUCGCUUUUGUUGAGCGACACGUUGUGCAUCAACUGCCGAGAUGUUUGCAAGCCUUUGCUGUCUAAUCCCAUCAUCCGACCUAUACACCUACUUUUGUCUCACACCUCGUCUCCUGUGCGUCUGUCCCCCCUUGUGUUUUGUGCUAGCAUGCCGAAUGCUGUUCUAGUCUACCAUGCAUAACGCUCGAAGAUACGAAACUCAAAUACACACUCACACACACACACACACACAUAUACAUACAUUCAUACACACGCACGAGUGCACGCGCACACGUGGUGGUUCACCAAGAACACGGCAUUGGAAAGCGGGGAUCUCUCUAUUCUGUGUCUGCAGAUGUCGAUGCAAGCAAGGCCACUCGCAACAGCGGUCACCGGAUGCGUCCUCUGUGUUCUUCGUACGUUUGCGCGCUGGAUAUGUGUUUUUGGAAGCAAGGCUGGGCUGUUCCCGUGCAACACUGUUGAAUUUUUGUAUGCAGCUGGCUGGAGCUCCUCCUUCCUCUGUUCUUAGAGGGGUCGACGACUACUCGACAAGAUCUCUUCCGGUUCUCUCCGCAGCCGCUGUUGCCCCUUACAGCGCGAAACAAAACACGUAGUCACUUUUAGAAGGUUACUCUUAAUACUGUUCUUCGUUUUAGCGAACGGUUGAUCUGUGCAAAAUC